UUGACUCCGUUCAAUUAUGAAUUUUCAUGGUUGAUUUUUCAACACAAAUGUCCCUGCCUUGACUCGUUGACCUGUCUUUACUAACACAAAUCUUCUUCACCUCUAAAUCCCAAAAGCUCUCAGUUCCCAGAUUGUCUCUCGUCAGCAAGUGAGCUUUGAACUUGUAUCAUGUUUAUGGAGAAUAUUUGCAGCAAUAAAGCCCGAAACUUAUUGUUUUUUCUUCUUUUUUUCAUCCAGUUCUUCUUGCUUCCUGUACCCUCUUCAGCUUAUACCCUCCCAGACAAGUACUUCGUCAAUUGUGGUUCAAGAACUAAUGUGAACUCGACCCACCGGACUUUCAUCGGGGACAUGAACUCUGGCUCCCCAGGACUUAGAGGGCAGAGUUUCACUGUCAAGAACAGCAACCCACCAACUGACCCAUCACCACUUUAUGAAGAAGCAAGAAUUUUCAGGAAUGAAUCUUCAUACAAAUUUGAUAUGGAAGCCACUGGGACUUGUGUGGUACGCCUCCAUUUCUUUCCAUUCUCUUCUCCUGAAAACCUCUCCACCGCAAUUUUUGACGUUUCAGCUUCUGGGUUGGUGCUAUUGCGUAAUUUUACUGCUCCAAUCACUGGUAACUCUCCUAUAAUAGAGGAGUUCUUUAUUAGUAUCAGUGUUGGCAAAUUGAUAAUGGAUUUUAGACCUCAUGAGUCGUCAUUUGCCUUCAUUAAUGCCAUUGAAGUUUAUAUUGCCCCUAAAUUAUUUUUUCCUGACGAACUUGAACAUGUCCAGUCGACUGGAAAGAAGGGGAAGUAUACGGGCAUAAUGUCUAAUGUGUUGCACAAAAUUCACAGAAUAAAUGUUGGAGGUUCUCCUCUGACUCCGGAUAAUGACACUUUAUGGCGAUACUGGGUUCCUGAUGAUAUUUAUCUCUCUAAUCCAAGUGCAGCCAAGAACAGUACGGUUUACACAGAGAAGCCUAAGUACCAGGGAGAUGCUAGUGAAUACAUUGCUCCUGAUUUUGUGUACCAGACUGCCAAGGAGAUGAAUAUAGAUACUAAUAGGACUUCAAACAUUUUCAAUGUAUCCUGGUCUUUUAAUGUCAGCAAGAAUUCUACAUACUUUGUGCGCUCUCACUUCUGUGAUACUCUCAGUUUGUCGCAAAAUUCUCUGUCGUUUUAUAUGUACUUAUAUAGUCGGUUCAGUCAAGAAAUCGAUCCCUUCAAUAUGACUCGCAGUUGGGCAGCUCCGUUCUUCUAUGAUCAUGUGGUUGAUUCUGAUGGUUCUGGACUAUUGAAUAUCAGCAUAGGCCCUAAUGCAGGUUCUGCAAAUGCCUUUUUGAAUGGGCUGGAGAUUAUGGAAAUUGUGAAACUUGGUUCUGUUUCUGUGGGGAAUGAACACAAGAAAAUGAAUGUCGUUAUUGUCUUGGUUGUUUCAGUUGUUGGAGUACUGACCCUUGUCUGCAUUUUGGCAUUUUUGUUAUUUUUGGGUUCAAAAUGUAGAAAGCCAAAGACUAUUGAAACUUCGGACUGGCAACCGCCGCCGGCAUAUGGAGGAGGGAGUUCUCACGAUAGGUUGUCUCAGGGCACCCCUCUUUGUUCUCCAGUUGCUAACUUGAACCUCGGAUUAAAGAUAUCUUUUUCUGAGAUUCAGUUUGCAACAAACAACUUUGAUAAGAAUUUGCAAAUUGGGAAGGGUGGUUUUGGGAUUGUGUUUAAGGGAACUCUCAAAAAUGGCAUGAAAGUGGCUGUGAAACGAAGUGAGCCAGGUUCAAGCCAGGGCCUUCCAGAAUUCCAGACUGAGAUCCUGGUUUUGUCCAAACUUCGGCAUCGCCAUCUUGUUUCCUUAAUUGGGUAUUGCAAGGAAGGGUUUGAGAUGAUACUGGUCUAUGAAUUCAUGGAGAGAGGGUCCUUGAGGGAUCAUCUAUACAAGACAAAUUUGCCUCCUUUGUCAUGGAUGCAAAGGCUUGAAAUUUGCAUAGGGGCGGCAAGGGGUCUCCAUUACCUGCAUAGAGGUUCAGCUGGCGGAUUCAUACACCGUGAUGUCAAGUCCACUAACAUCUUGCUGGAUAUCAACCAUGUUGCUAAAGUAGCCGACUUUGGCCUUUCAAGAUUGGAAUGUCCAGAUGAAACCAAUUUUAGCACGGAUGUUAAAGGCACAUUCGGAUAUCUGGAUCCUGAGUACUUCACAACCCUACAAUUGACCGAAAAAUCUGAUGUUUACUCAUUUGGAGUAGUUCUUCUUGAGGUUCUAUGUGCAAGACCAGCCAUCAAUCAAGUGCUUCCAAUAGAGGAAGUGAACCUAGCUGAAUGGGGAAUUCUUUGUAAGAAAAAUGGAAUGCUUGAGCAGAUUGUAGAUCCUUAUAUAAAGUCUCAGAUCAAGCCCAACUCCUUAAGAAAGUUUGCUGAGACAGCUGAGAAAUGUUUGCAAGACUACGGUGCUGACAGGCCUGCUAUGGGCGAUGUGCUGUGGGAUUUGGAGUAUGCAUUACAACUCCAGAAAACUGCAAGACACAGAGAACCACACGAGGACAGUGUCACCGUCACCAAUGCUUCAGCAGCAGUAGCAAUGUCUCAUGUUCCAGAUUUUUCUUCUACCAGCUUCGCAAAUGAGAAGGAUAGUAUACCCAUAUUGGAGAAUAAUAGUUCAAGCAGAUCAACAAGUGAAGUUUUCUCCUCACUGAGAAUUGACAAUUCCAGAUAAUGUAUCUUCUUGUUGACUGUAUUGCAUCUUGCUAUUUGUAAUUCUGGUUUCCUAAAACUGUUUAUAUUUGCAUCUGCAUAAAUCACUUGAUGAUUUUUGUCAAGUAUAUGUAUAUCUCUCCGUAGAACUUCGCCACUUUCUUUG